AGUGAGAGAGAAUGAAAGGCUUUGGCAGUGGCAGAGGAGACAAGCAGACAGAGCAAAACGCAGAGAGUUACAGUGUUUAAGAGAGGAGAAAGUGUUACAUGAAACUCUGGACAACAUAGUUCAGCUUAAACAGCAGCAGCAGCUGUAGUGUUUUCAUCUAUUGCAUAAUGUUCUCUCUGUUAGUGCUCAGGGUUUCUUUUUCUAAUCUGCCUGCAUUUUUUUGUGUCUGAGUUCAUUAUUCAUGGUUUAGUCCCUUCUCACCAUUAUGCCAUCGUGGUUGUACUUACUUUUUGGCACCCUUGGGGCUCAUAUAGCUGUUAGUUUGAGUUCUGGGAAUACACGCUACCGCUACUUUCAUAGGAACUGCUACACCUGCUUCAGUGGAUACCACACAGGAUAUGUGGGUUCAGAUGUCAAUGAGUGCCAGGUCCAUAAUGGAGGCUGCCAGCACAGAUGUGUGAACACCAGAGGCUCCUACUACUGCGAAUGCAACCCAGGCUUCCGUAUGCACAUCGAUGGGCGAACUUGUAUCGCUGUGCUUUCCUGUGCUAUUAGUAAUGGAGGAUGUGAACAGGAGUGUGUACAGCUCUCCCAAGCCCACUUUCAGUGCCGCUGCAGACAUAAAUACCAGCUAAUUGCUGAUGGCAAACACUGCAAAUUGAGAAACCCAUGUGCUGAGGGGAAUGGAGGCUGUAUGCACACAUGUCGUAAUGUAGGCCUUCGUGUGCAGUGUGGCUGCGACACAGGCUAUAGUCUGGCCCAGGAUCACAUGAGCUGUGAAGACAUCAAUGAAUGUGAAACUGGACAAGCUGCAUGUGCGCAUGAUUGCAAAAACAGUCCAGGUUCCUUUUCCUGUAUGUGUAACCCUGGAUAUGAACUAGGAUCUGAUGGCAGGAAGUGCUACCGCAUUGCUAUUGAGAUAGUGAACAGCUGUGAGUCUGGGAAUGGAGGCUGCUCACAUCAAUGUCAGCAUGGAACACUAGGGCCCGUAUGUAGCUGUAACCAUGGUUACCAACUGGAUGAAGACCUCAGGACUUGUUCAGACUUGAAUGAAUGUCUAGAGGAGAGCUCGUGCUGUGAACAGGAAUGCACUAACUAUCCUGGUGGCUAUGAAUGUUACUGCAGGGCAGGAUACAGACUCAACUCAGAUGGAUGUGGAUGUGAUGAUGUAGAUGAGUGUCUGUCUGAUAAUGGAGAGUGUGAGCAUACGUGUCAGAACAUUGCCGGGUCUUACCAGUGCUUUUGUCGUCUGGGACACCGUCUGGCUGAAGACAGACACUCAUGCAUCCCUCUAGAGAGGGCAGUAGAAGCACUGUCUCACCAUAUCGUGGUAGAGAGGCCAUUUUCAGAUUUUACUUUGCUGCAGGAUUACCCUCAGCCUCUAAAUCGCUAUGAUGAUUACGAUGAGUACACUUUUGGAGAACUGCGGGCAGAGAGCAUUAUCACUGAGAAAUUUAUGUGUCUGAACAACACCUUUGGCCAUGACUGCAGUUUAAGGUGUGAAGACUGUUCUAAUGGUGGUGUGUGUAAUGUAGAGAGCAAUGGCUGUGACUGCCCUGACGGCUGGACUGGAAUCAUCUGCAACCAGACCUGUCCUCAGGGCACUUUUGGCAAAAAGUGCUCCUUUACAUGCAAGUGCAGGAAUGGUGCCACGUGUGAUCCCGUGAGGGGAUUUUGCCAGUGCCCACCAGGAAUCAGUGGAGACAUGUGCCAGAAUGGAUGUCCUAAAGGCUUUUAUGGGAAGCACUGCAACAAAAAGUGCAACUGUGCAAAUAAUGGACGAUGUCAUCAAACCUUUGGUGCCUGUCUCUGUGAACCAGGACUGUAUGGAAGAUUCUGCCAUCUAAAAUGUCCGACCUGGUCAUAUGGACCUGGCUGUUCAUCUGAGUGCCAGUGUGUUCAGCGAAACACUCUAGAAUGUCACAGGCGCUAUGGAACCUGUGUGUGUAAACCUGGCUACCAUGGCAAGAUAUGCAGUGAAGAGUGUGAUAGCAGGCACUAUGGCCCAGGAUGCAAGACAAAAUGUCAGUGUCCAGCAGGAUCUAACUGCCAUCAUAUAACUGGAGAGUGUCAGCAACAGUGCCCAGCUGGAUGGCAUGGGAAAAACUGUGACCAAGAAUGUCCCAAAGGGAGGUUUGGUGAUGGCUGCUCUGAGCACUGUAACUGUAACGGAGCGGUGUGUGAUUCUGUCACAGGCCGUUGUCACUGUCCAGCUGGCAUGACAGGAGAACAAUGUGGUCAAGAGUGUGAAAAGGGUCAAUGGGGCUUGGCUUGUGCUAAAUCAUGUCCUGAGUGUGAGAAUGGUGGGGAGUGUGACAAAAAGAACGGAACCUGCUUGUGUCCACCUGGCUACACUGGAAACCUCUGUCAGGAUAUCUGCCCAUAUGGCUGGUUUGGCCUUGGCUGCCAGUUUAAGUGCCCCUGUGAGAACAGCAACCACUGUGAUCCUGUCUCAGGGUUAUGUGUGUGUAAUAACGGCUGGACUGGAGCUAAUUGUGAAAAGGCAUGUGAGCCCGGACACUGGGGAGCCAACUGUCUCAAUGUGUGUAACUGUACAAGCAGUUUAGUAAACUGUGACCCAGCAACAGGCCAGUGCCACUGUGAGGCAGGAUACACUGGGACACAUUGUGAGCAAAAGUGUCCCAUAGGUUAUUUUGGGCCAGGCUGCCACCACCAAUGCCAAUGUGAGAAUGGUGCAGAAUGUGAGAAUGUGGGUGGAGCCUGCACCUGCCUGCCAGGCUGGAUUGGGACAUACUGUGAAAAAUGCUGUCCUCCAGGAUUCCAUGGAUUGGACUGUCAACAGAAGUGUAAAUGCAUGAAUGGUGGACAGUGUCACCAUGGUACAGGAGUGUGUGCUUGUCCAGCUGGCUGGUUUGGCCCACACUGCACCUCCAAAUGCCCGGAUGGCACCUUUGGCCCUGGCUGUAAUAUGAGCUGUAACUGCCACAAUAAUGCCAGCUGUGAUCAUGUUAGCGGGCAAUGCCAAUGUGAGCCAGGCUGGACUGGGACAACCUGUGAAGAAGAAUGCAUGGCUGGCUUUUAUGGGGUGGACUGUCACCAGCUAUGCCUUUGCCAGAAUGGUGGGUUAUGUGACAAGGCCAGUGGACACUGCUUGUGUACUAAAGGAUGGACAGGGAUAGAGUGUGAACUUGAGUGUGCUCCAGGUUUCUUUGGUGCUGAUUGCCAGCAUGCAUGUAAAUGUAAGAACGAUGCUGUCUGUGACCGCCAGGAUGGAAAGUGUACCUGUCCAGCAGGCUGGGUGGGCCAGACGUGUGAGACGGCUUGUGAAACGGGCCAUUUUGGUCUUGGCUGUCAGAAACUGUGUCGAUGUGAACAUGGAGCUCCAUGUGACCACAUAACUGGGGUCUGUCUGUGCCCACAAGGCUGGAGAGGGCUCCACUGUGAGAAAACAUGCUUACCUGGCUUUUAUGGGCAAAGAUGUUCUGAAAGAUGUCUCUGUGCCCAUGGAACACCUUGUCAUCAUGUGACAGGGGAGUGUGGCUGCCCUCCUGGUUUUACCGGAUUGAGCUGUGAGCAAAAAUGUCAGCCGGGUACAUAUGGACCAAACUGCAAUCAGGCGUGCCAGUGUUCAGAGGCUAAUCAUCUCUGUCAUCCUGUCACUGGAGUAUGUUACUGUGCACCGGGCUACCAUGGUGACAAGUGUGAUAAAGUUUGUGAAGAUGGUCGAUAUGGUCCAAACUGUGAGCUUGAAUGCCAGUGUCUGAAUGAUGGUGUGUGCCAACCCAGCACAGGCUUAUGUGACUGCCUUCCAGGGUACAUUGGAUCCAAAUGCAAUAUCACAUGUCCAGCUGGCUGGUAUGGACAGGACUGUAAGCAGGUAGCGGUGUGUGCGGAAGGAGCCAGAAGUGAUCCUGUCACAGGCCGCUGUGUAUGCAAGAUCAGCAAUCAAGAAGAAGACUGCGGACAAGGUUGUGCACAGGGCUGGUUUGGAGAAGACUGCACUCAGCGCUGUAACUGCAGUAAUGGCGCAUCAUGUGAUCCUGUAACAGGAAACUGCACAUGUAGCCUGGGCUGGACUGGGGAUAAUUGCGAAUCAGAGUGUCCAAGAGGCAGGUAUGGUGCUAACUGCCUUCAGCAGUGUGAUUGCAGGAAUAAUAGCACCUGUGACCAAGUUACAGGAGAUUGCCAGUGUGGUCCAGGAUUCUAUGGCUAUCUCUGCCAACAUGCUUGUCCACCUGGAUUCCAUGGCCACCGCUGCCAACUUGCUUGUAACUGUCAUGGCAAGGCUCAGUGUGAUGUCAGGACGGGUACCUGUCUCUGUCCUCCAGGUUAUCAAGGGGAGCACUGUGAGAAAGAUUGUGAACAAGGCACUUUUGGGCCUGGCUGUGCCCAUGUUUGUGACUGUGCUGGAGACACACCAUGCAACCCUGUGACUGGCAAAUGCUUGUGUGGACCAGGAAAAAUGGGGAGCCGUUGUGAUACAAACUGUACAUCGAAUCACUUUGGACCAAAAUGUUCAGAAAGCUGCAAAUGUGAAAAUGGAGCUCAGUGCAAUCCAAAGAAUGGACAAUGCAUUUGUCUGAAUGGCUGGAUUGGGCCAAACUGCUUAGAAGGCAGCAUCCUUACAUCCAGUCAUAAGCAACACAGAGGGACAAGUAAGAAUGAGCCACAACACAAUGGUCCAGUAUGACAACUGCAAAACAUGUCCUGUAUACCUUAAGGUUGUAUUAGAUUUUUAAGAAGCCUAAUGAAACAAGUGCACUAUAAAACUCUCCAGAACAGAAACUUGAUUGUUUUGCAUACCUGAGCAAACUUGAUAUUAGGAAUGGAUUUUUUUCAAACAUGCAUAAAAGAAAGAUGCUCAUUAAUAUGGAACUGUAAGGACCGUAUGAGACUGAGAAACAAAAGAUGAUGGCUUUCUGUAUGUACUACAUGCUGGACAAAGGCAAUCACUAUCUGAAACUUCAUUCCAAAGGUGUAUAAAAUAUGUCUAAAUGUGUUUAUAUACAGUAUUUGUAUAAUUAUGCAAAUGGCUUAUAUUAUCAUUUGUAUCAUUUAUAUUUACACUGAAAUGUUUAUCACUGAACAUUUUGGUAUAUUUGGGUGAUUUCUUUUUUUUUUUUCUUUCUUUUGAUGAUUUAUUUUUUCAUUUGCACCAUUACCAUGCAACAUAAAUAAUAAUAAAGAAGCAAUAACACUUUGCAGUUAUGCAAUUUCCAGUUCUAUUUUUAUAUAAUACAUAAACAUAAUAUAUAUAUAUAUUGUGUGUGUUUGUGUGUGUGUGUGUGUGUGUGUGUGUGUGCAUAUAAUGCACAAAUGUGGUAUUCAUUUCUGUAUUUGGGAAGGAGUAUAUAAUAAUUGUAAGCAACACCCAAAUUAAAUGUUACAAUAGUAAUUGUUCUAGAAGUAAUAUUUUGUUAAAAGAUUUUUGUUCAAUACAUUUAUUAUUUUGUAAAUUAUGCUCUGGAUCUGUAAUCUAAAAGAUUCCUUAUAUAAAUGUAAGCCAAAUAACUGUUGUCUACUAAAUAAAACACUUGAAUUUCUAGUGGAAUUUUUUUUAAAACCUUGACUUGUGAAAAAAAAGCAAAUGCACUAAGUACACCCAAAGAAAAUGGUAAAUGUGUUAGUUUUGACAAAUUGUCAAUAAACUUAAAAA